CGCCCCCGCCCCCGGCCGGCAGCGGACAUGGGGCGGCGCUGAGCGGCGGAGCGGCGGCGGGGAACCAUGCUGUCGAGGAAGGGGAUCAUUCCCGAGGAGUACGUGCUGACCCGGCUGGCCGAGGAUGUGCCGGAUCACGCCCGGUACCGCGCCCGGGAGCGGCGGGCACGCUUCGUGGGCAAGAACGGCGCCUGCAACGUGGCCCACAAAAACAUCCGGGAGCAGGGCCGGUUCCUCCAGGACGUCUUCACCACGUUGGUGGACCUCAAGUGGCCCCACACGCUGCUCAUCUUCACCAUGUCCUUCCUCUGCAGCUGGCUGCUCUUCGGCAUGGUCUGGUGGCUCAUCGCCUUCGCCCACGGAGACCUGGACCACGGCACCCGGCUGCAGCGCACCCCAGCCACGGAGAUCCCGGACGGCUUUGUGCCCUGCGUGACCAGCAUCCACUCCUUCACCUCCGCCUUCCUCUUCUCCAUCGAGGUGCAGGUGACGAUCGGCUUCGGAGGGCGCAUGGUGACGGAGGAGUGCCCGGCCGCCAUCCUGGUGCUGAUUGUGCAGAACAUCGUGGGGCUGGUGAUCAACGCCAUCAUGCUGGGCUGCAUCUUCAUGAAGACCUCGCAAGCCCACCGCCGUGCCGAGACCCUCAUCUUCAGCAAGCACGCGGUCAUCGCCCUGCGCAAUGGCAAGCUGUGCUUCAUGCUGCGGGUGGGCGACCUCCGGAAGAGCAUGAUCAUCAGUGCCACCAUCCGCAUGCAGGUGGUGAAGAAGACCUCCAGCCUGGAGGGGGAAGUGGUGCCCCUCAACCAGAUCGACAUCCAGAUGGAGAACCCCGUGGGGGGCAACAGCAUCUUCCUCGUCUCCCCGCUCAUCAUCUACCACGUGAUAGACAAGAACAGCCCCCUCUACGACAUCUCCCCCUCGAACCUUCACCACCACGAGGACCUGGAGAUCAUCGUCAUCUUGGAAGGGGUGGUGGAGACGACUGGCAUCACCACGCAAGCCAGAACCUCGUACCUGGCGGAUGAAAUCCUCUGGGGCCAGAGGUUUGUGCCCAUCGUGGCCGAGGAAGAUGGGCAAUACUCUGUGGACUACUCUAAAUUUGGUAACACGGUGAAAGUGCCCACCCCUUCGUGCACUGCCAGGCAGCUGGAGGAGGACAAGAGCAUUAUGGACACAGUGCCAUUUUCCCCUAGAAGUACCAUAAGGAAGAGAUCUAUCAAGCUAAAGCCCAAGUUCACCAUAUCUGACGAGCCUUCCUGAUGCCUUUGGACUGGGAAACUGUGCUAGGGCUUUGCGUCUGAAAGAUCUCAUGAACUCAAAACACUGAGGUGGCCUCUAUUACUUUUUAAAAAAAUUCAGGUCGGUAGCACAAGGUAUGUUCUGCUGUUAUUUAUUGCGGGGUAAAUGUAAAGCUAAUUAUAUUUUUUUAAAGGUGCAAAAUUUCAGGCAGCACUGGGAGUAGGAAAAUCCCGAUCUGCAGCUUUAAGUUUUGGUUCCGACUGUCAUGCUGAGUUGCACGAUCAUUCUGCAUUGAUUAAUCUCUAGGUAACUACGUAUUUUCUCAAAAGACAAAUGUUUCUAUAUCCUCAGAGAUUGCAGUUCUGGGGGUCUUGCAGUGUCUGUCUUAAAGUCGGUAGUUUUUAACUGCUCUUUUCUAACUUGAACAGUCAAUAUCGAGAAAUAAAGUAUUAAUAAUUAAUGAAGCAGGCUGAAUUUAAACAGUAACAAGAAGGUCAGGCAGUGUAGUGCGGCACAAGAGCAGAUCUGGGACUGUCUGUGUUAUUAUACUCAAUGUCUUAAAUAAAUGGCUGGGUUUGCUGCAUCCAUAUUGUAUUGUAUGGAGCCACUCCUACCACAUGCAGUACGAAAUGUAUUUGGACAUUUCCUUUUGUUUAUUUUAAAACCCUUUACACUUCCAGAAUAAAACAGUCAAGUGUACCUUUUGGGCUGUGUGUUCUUGAUAGGAAGCAUUGCUUUCCCCUAAAAAGAACAGCAGAAAACGUGCAACUGAGGCUAAUCAUAAAUAGGAAACAUUCUGUAUUCUAAUUGUCUAAAUGAGAAGCAACGUCCCCCUCUCACAUGGCAGUAGGGACACCCAGUAGGAAAUGAAUCUCUGCUUUAGGUUGGAGUGAACUCUGCUAGAGAAUGAGGGACUAUAAAUAGAAUCCGGUAUUUUGAAUGGGAGGGCAGUGCUGAAUCCUGGAAUGUAUCUGCAUGCGGCAGACAAAAGCUUUUACUCCUCUCCCUUUUGUAAAAGCAGAAGCAGAGGUUUGUGCAGCAGGAAGGAGGGCUGUGCAGGACAGCAUGGUCUCUCUUGGGAUGCCGGUCACAAAUACUACUGCUGAGGAAAUGGUUUCCUUUCCAUUCACAUCCCGACCUCUGCACAGCCGGUGCCGGUUUAGCUGAACUCAAGAGCAGAGGAGCCAUGUUCACCCUGCCAGCCCCGCCGGUGACAGCAGGAGUGGUUCCUCUCUGCACACUCCUCUGUGUGGGGAUGGCAGCACCAGCAGCAGCUUUAUUCCUGUGCUAUUAAGGGGUAGCGGUAGCAUUGACUGCAGUAUGCUAUUAACAGGACAAACUGCCACUCAAAGAAUACAACGUUCUGUAAACAAAGCCUAAAUAAGCUUUAUGGAACUGACCUGAUGUCUGACUACAGUUGUUUUCACAGAGAUGGCAGCAAAUCCCCUCUGAAGGGCAUUGAUUGAAGGAGUUCCCUGAUCAGAUCUGUGUGUGCUCGGUGAUCCGUCUGAGCGAUAACACGGCCGCAUUUUUGACAGCUGGUCAGUGUAACAAUGGGACUGAUGUUCCAGAGAGCCACAGAACUUCCCUUCUGACUAUAGAACACCUCCAGGAAUCUAAUAAAAUGAAAUUGUGGUCAGGUAGAAUCACAGUUUGAUUUAAAAUGAUAAAAUUGUAUCUAUAUUUUCAAUACUUUUCUAUUUCAGAUCCACGAAUGUCAGUGUCAGUGUUAUCAGACUGCAGUUAGGUGAAUAAGUAUCCAUUCAAUUUCCAAAUGCCCCACACACCAGCACUGUUGUGUUUCACAAUGAAAAAGCAGUGAAACUAGCAUUAGCAAGUAGUUAGUAAAGAAAACAGGAAAAGGCAUAUUUUACAUUUGUAAUAGUAAAAAAAAGAAACCUUUUUUUUUAUCAAAUAGGGAAUGGUGCAGUGCCUUUGUGUAUUACAUUUAUUCUCUGAGUCCAGUUGACACAUUAUGUUCCAGCUUUCCCUCUUUCUGCACCAGUUCCAUCACUCAUCGACAGGCACUGGCAGCAAAGCCAGUUGCUUUUCCUCAACACCUUUGUUCCUUUGAAAGUUCAUUGUUCUUUAUCCCUGUUCUGUUUUUACAAUGCUCACAGAUACAAUUCUAGCAUUAGCUUUCCAUGGACUUAAACCAUCGGAUUCUCCUCCGUUUCCAGAGUGCCUUGCAUUAACAUGUAAGAUACAUUCAAUGUUGUCACAUAAAACCUCUUCAGAUGGAGAAGUAUUUGACCUAAAUGUGAAGCAAUUUCAGCAACUAUUUUCAGGCCCUGAUGCAAGCCUCCUUUUCCCUCAGGGAGAUCUGUGCUACAGAGAGGUAGAAAGUUCUCUUUGUGAGAUGGAGAGGGGAUGGGUAGAAGGAAAGAGCUUGCCUCUGCUGGGCUGCUUUCAGAACCAGCUCUUAUGUCACUCCCUUUACAAGAAGCUGCUCAAUUUUCUGAAGUUUGGACAAAAAAGGCACGAUCAUAUUAAGAGGAAGGCAGGAUUUGUUCUAUUAAAAUAAUUAGCUAAUUAUUUCAGUCCAUUUGUUGGUGACUUUGAAUCUCAGAAAUCUUGUAAUUUUAAAUUAUUCUUUCCUCACUUUCAACAUUCAGCUGUAUUUCAGGGGCAGAGCAAGGAAGAAAAAGGGGCACUGCAUAUUUUGGAGGGCUCUUUCAUUUUGCCACGUACUAAGUACUUGAGAACAGAAAUUUCAGAGGAUUUUCAUGAAGUUGCACUUAUGCUGACCACCCACAUCCUCUGUAUGAUGCAUUCUGAAGAACACAUCAGUGCUGUCUUCUGAGGUAGAAAAGUCCUCAUUCUCAGCAACGAGCAAAGCUGCAUUUUCUGUAGCUGAGGUUCAACGUGAGCAAGCUUUUGAACUUGCUACUCUUUUUCUGAUAGGUGGCAUCCUGGGGUCCUGCUGAGGGAGCAGUUUGGGGCGGUGUGCUGCAGUUCCUACUGCUGCUCCCUCCACACUUCCUCUGCACAGAAACCUAUGGGAGGGAAGCUGCGGAUGACGUGCUUGGGGGUUGCCCUGACUGGGAGAGAACAUGGACAGAGACAGUGGGAAGCUUUGAGUUUUGUAGUGACCCACUGCUCGAUUUCUUAAGGGUGUGGUGAAGCCAGCCGUGUCCAUGCAAAUUGCUUUUCAUGUGCUAUGGAAUCUAGAGACCAUUACCAGCUUAUACACAUGGUUCACACUGUUUAAUGCACUUAGUUUAGAGGUCGAUAAGAGGGACAAAAGAAUCGUGGGGUUUAUUAAUAAGAAACAGAAGCUGAAGAACAUUUGUUUGUCAUCGUUGUAAAAUACUUGCAGUGACAGCAUAGCCAUGGGGCAUAUCUGUUUUAUGUUGCGUUUCCUAAUGAAAUCAAGAGGCAUACGUGUAAGAAAUUAGAGGACAACAAGGUUUGAUUUGGUCUCCUUAUCCCCCUAGGCAUACGAUAAAUAUAGUAUUAUGGCAGUGCAUUUCAGCAGGAAAACCUCCCUGUGAAGCAGAUAAAAACUAGAGGUGAACUCAGCAAGCUGGGUAUUAUGGCAAAGGAGGGUCAGAGACACAGAUUUUAAAUCCACCAGUGACGUGGUGGGAAGAUGUCAAGAAGCAGUAAACUGUUUUCAUUUGAAGUGAUUCAUACCAGCAAAGGUGUGAAGAUGCUGAAAUGAGAGAACAGAGAUGUUAAAGUAGAUGUGAGAGCUUCACAUAAAAGUGUUUAACUAGACCAGUGCUUACAUAUUAGGAUAGAUAAGCAGAAGGGUCAGUGUCAAAAUUCAGUCUGCCCUGAGAGGUGAGUGGAGGCCAGCCAUGAUCCUCAUUGCUCAAUCUGGACAGUGGGUAAAUACUGCUGUGUGCUGGGCAAGUUACCAGUCACAAGAGAGCCCUUCUGGAGGCAGCAUUUGUGGUGACUGAUUCUUGUGGCUAGUUACUUAUUAAUAGUUAAUAAUAUCAAACUAAUGAAAAAUUAAUAGUCCUCUGAAAGCUGAAUUGGUUUCCUCGUGUUUUCCUUCCUCUUCCACUCUUUCUUUGUAUGUCAGUCGCCCCUACUAGGUAAUUAUUGCAGGCCAGAUGGCACAGCUUACUUUCAGUGUGGGAUAAGGAAAAAGUGCUUAGAGAAAUAAAAUAUAAAAAUAAAGUUGAUAUUAGAGAACAAUCUGUGAAACUGCCAAGCUUGCAACUGUCAGUUAUUUCUUGUACAAAGCAUGGAAGAAAAUUCACCAAAGAUUAUUUCCUGUUAAUUUUACAGGUUGCUGCAGAAGGAAAAGUGGUUUAGUUCUUCAGGUAUUGGUUGAGAGAGAAGAGAAGAAAUGCUGCAUUUUAGGUUUCCUGGUUAUUAUUGACACACCUUUCUCUCUUCCUGUACUCAAAGUCAUAUAGGUGUUGCCACUAAAAAUGGAAAGGAUCAGUGUUCUUUGUAGUUCAUGUUCCUGCAUUGCCCUGCAUUCAUCAAAUGGCAGAUGCUCCAUCCCAAGAUGGAUACCUUGAACACAACAGCUCUGACCCAGAAGGCAGUAAAAGAAUUCCCACCUAUUUGAAUGCAUUUUUGUAUCAAAGGAUCUGCUGAAAGCCUUUGGUGCAGCAUUAAGAUGGAUUCAAUCAGCACUACAGAUGUCACUCAAGAAAAGCUGCUGUUUGAGGUGGGAAGACCCUUACAGGAAGGAGGCCAUGGGGAAUCCAGACCUGGGACGCGUGCUCAGUGUGGCUGGUGACUGCCUAGCUGCCUGUAACACAUGACUCAGCGUACUAUUUUUGAUUCAGCAACAGGAGAAAGAUAUGUGAUACAAACCUCCACCUCCCCCUCUCCCCCACCCAAGUAGAACUAUUAAAAGUGCAGAAGACAUUCUUGAGAGGCUGUAGAUACCACUGCCUCAGUCUUGCUUGUAGCACUGCUAGGUGCCCAUGGAAGACAGCACGGCACACUGCCUGUUUUUUUUGCUUACACUGCUAUUUUGAUGCAUAAUGCAACUUUAAAGAGUCAUCACAGGAAAAUGACUCAUUUAAAAAAAAAAUUCUUCAAAAGAAUAUUAAAACUGUGCAGCUCCUCUUUGCCACUUGCCGCUUUCUGCUUUUGUACCUGGCUUACAGAGUUUAAAUGCAGAAGGCAUAUCCACAGGAGGCUACCUCAAGCUGAGCAGCUCUAAGUCAGCAAUCCUAUGUGAAUUGGUGGAGUCAGAGGUGUUAUGGUGGUGGCCUCGUAGAGGGAUGCCCCCUCUUUGCUGGAGCUUGCCCUGGCUGGAGGCAUUGAGUAUCCUGACUCAUCCCAAUGCCACACAGCGGUGGCCGUGAAGUCACCCUUUUCCUUCCCUGGAUAUUCUUUGUAUGUCUGCCAUUUAAGUGGCAUUUGUUUCCUCUAUCCAGGACAUGGUAGACAAAAUGUGUAAACAGCAUUUUUAUUACUGUUAGUUAUGAUAGUUAUCCUUGAGCAGAGCUGAGGCACAGAGAAAUAUCGCUGCAUAUCAGGGUGGCAGUAGAAGUCCUUAUCUUCAACAAGUCUCAAAUCAGGCCCCCAUUUUAAAUCCUAGGCCUUUAAAUCCAAGAGUUUGCCAGGUUCAUUAGCACUGGGAUUUUUCUCUUGGGGUUGACUCCUAUUAAGUUGAUGGGAGUGGGCAGCUGACCCAAAUAGUUUCUGAUGGCGCUUUUAUCAAAACAUGCUGUUUCCUGUACUUUAUGUUGAAAGUCUUUUUCUUCUCUAGCAGCCUAUAGGAGAUUUUUGCUCUGUCUUGUAAGUAAAAGUCUUAACUUUUUUUCUCUGAUGUGGGGGAUUAUGUCAAUUGUGCAUUUUGUAUAUGCCUAUUGAUUGAGGAACUUGAAUUGCUUGAACGUUCACAACUUGGUUUGAGAUCUGUUGUUUGAGCUCUUGCUGUCUCCCAGGCAGUGUACCAGUAUUCUCAAUAUCUUGCCUAUUCCCCAGAUGCAAUUCUCAAUUGUUGGUAGCUCCAUUCUGGCUUUAAACUUGAGGGAAGACUCCUGGUAAAAUAACAUGUGUUUCAGAGGGCUGGUGGAAACAAGGACUGGGGAAAUGAGUAGGAAGAUUAGUAUGUUUCUCAGACAAAUGUAUGGGUUUUAUAAGAGCAAGAUGUGCCUAAGAACAGCUUCCUUACAGAACAUCACAGUAAAUUCAGAUCUUGAAGAAGCUAAGGAAAUAAAGAAGUUGCCUUCUCUAGCCAGUUCUAACGAUGAUUUUGUAAUGAUGGCAAGCACUCUGUAGGCAUGCUGAUUGCUGAGUGCAUAAUGGUGAUUUGAUUUGGAGGGCGUAAUGGUUGGCUUUACCAAGGAUUAGUGAAUGAGGAUAUGAAGAUAGCUCAUGCUUGUUGAGCAUUCAUCUAGAACAACAGGCAGUAAGCAGAUAUUUUUCGAAAGACAGAAAUGUCUAUAAGAAGUAGUCACUAUCUUUUCACAGAUUCUCAUCUAUUGGACGUUGUCUGGACAUCCUAGGUUGAAAUAUUUAGACUCAGCAUCUGUGUGUAAUGCAUUCUUAAAUGAAUUAUUUAUAUGGCUCUACAAACUUUUGUAAAUAUGAUCAUUCAGUUGGUAAUAUUGUUGUUUGUUAUUCCUGCUAAGUUGUUAUUCCUGUGCUUGAUUUUUCGGUUUAUUUGGUUCACUGCUGUAUAGAGUCUAAAAAGCUUUUGUUGUGUUCUUAGACAGCAUCUGUUUAAGGAAAAAUGAAAAAUAACUGUUUUGUAAUUGGCCUGUGAUUUGCAGUCAGAACUCUUACAAUCUCACCAUUACAAGUAUUUUCUGUAGUAUUAGUUCUUUCUACAGUUGUGUGCAUCUGCCUUCACUGAAGAGAGCCUGAUUCCUUUAUUAAGUGGAGAUCAGUGAAGUUUUAAAACAUAGAUUUCAUCAAAAGUUUGUUCUUUAGUAGUAACAUUACAUGUGAUCCUAUAUUUUUUGCCUCACUUUUCUGUAGUUACUUAGGAAUUGAUUACAAGAAUGGUCUGGUUUCUGUUCCUACUUCUCUGUAUGUUGGAAAAUAUUUUCUAAGGAGUAGCUUCUUGUUGACCAGAAGAACC